AUGGCAGCAACUAACCAUAUAGCAGCAGUUUCUUCCGCGUCAUCGCAAGACACCGAUGGCAAUAACCACAAUAUCACGCGCAUUGAUCCAACUCUAUACUUUGCUGCAGUGAAAGGAAACUUCCAAGAAUUCAUCAAAGUCCAGAAUUUGGAGACUCUGGUCACCCCCAACAGAAACACCAUUCUCCAUAUACACUUGACUUCUACAACAAGCCAAAAAAUCCGAAUCCGUUCACCUGCAUCCUUUCUUCUGCAAACAAUUCAGGGAAAGCGUCCAGAUCUGACAUUCAAGGUAGCUGUUUCAGAAGAAUUCGUGAAACAGAUUAUUGACAAGUGUAGAGGACUAGUUCUACUGCCUAACGCCAAGGGUGAAACACCCCUUCAUAUUGCUGCAAAGAAUGGACACUCCAGUGUCGCAAAAUUAUUGGUUGAACAUGUCAAUGCUUUUCCAUCAGAUAUCGAGGAUGGUGUUAGAGCAGAACAAAAGUUUAUCAGGGCAACAAAUAAUGAUAAGGACACUGCAUUACACGAGGCUGUGCGCUAUAAUCACAUCCAAGUAGUGAAGACCUUGUUAAAAAUGGAUCCUGAUUACUCUUAUCAUGCAAAUAAAGCCGAUGAGACUCCUCUUUAUCUUGCAUCAAAAGGACGAUAUCAACAAGUGGCGUGUGAGAUAUUAACCAACAUCAAAUCACCCGCUUACCAAGGCCCCAAUAAUCAAACAGCAUUGCACGCUGCAGUGAUUAAUCAAGAUAUAGAAAUGGCAAGAGAACUUCUAAAGAAUGAACAUGUGAAACUGGCGGUGAAACAUGCAGAUAAGAAAGGUCGGAAUCCUCUUCAUUAUGCGGUGAAAAAGAGGAACAAAGUUUUGACCGAGUUUCUGCUUGAACGAAAUAUGAGCAUUGCAUACAUGCAAGAUAACGAGGGCAUGACAGCGCUUCACAUCGCUGCUGCUGAUGGAAGUUGGCAAAUUAUAGAAACCAUUCUAAAACGCUGUCCAGAUUGUUCGGAGCUAGUUGAUAAAAAUGGCAAGAAUUUUCUUCAUUAUGCUGUGAAUAAGGGGAGGCUGUUUACAGUUAUUAGAAUCACGCGCAACCAAUCCAUGGUUCAUCUUUUCAAUGAGAAAGAUGUUGACGGAAACACACCCCUUCAUCUCCCAAAUUGCUUCAUGCUUUUUGUCCCUAUUAUCAGUAACUUCAGACGCAAAGUCACGGCUAAGUUUGCGUACGCUAGGACAGAAGAUUCAAAUGCAAUGUUGAUGACACAGGACCCAGAGGAAUUCAAUUUGGGUGGAGAUAAACAAAAUGAGCGAUUUGAUAAAAAGCCAAAGAAUGAGGAAGAAAAGAGUGCGGAGCCAUUUUUUACGAAGGAAGCAAAAGAGACUCAUAUAUUAGUGGCCACACUCAUUGCAACGGUGAGUUUUGCAGCUGGAAUAACCCUACCAGGAGGUACCAUACAAGAUGGAGAACAUAAGGGUAGCCCAAUUAUGAGAGAAAAAGCCUCUUUCAGAGCAUUCAUUGUAUCAAACACAAUAGCAAUGGUUCUGGCAACUACUGCAGCACAUAUACAUCUUUUCACGUCACUCAUCACCAAAGCCAAUUGGAAGGAACAAUAUGUCUCUGAAUUGGCCCUCAACUUCACUUUAUUCGCCUUAUUAGCAAUGAUUGUUGCAUUCGCUACGGCCACCUAUGCGGUACUGGGGUCUUCCUUGCUUGGUAUCGCCGUUAUCACUCUUGCAUUACUAUAUUUCUGUUUGAUACCUCUGAUAAAGGUAUCCAUGGCAGGGAAUUAAUUCAUAUGUAAUGAAUCUUCU